AUGGCAUCCUCUUCCUCCAAGUACGCUGUACCCGAACUCACUCAAGAUGAUGUCCCGGGUGGUGCCUGUUGCGUGGAUGAAACCACAUUUGCCACACAGUUCCCUAGCUAUCUUGAGAGCUAUAUUCGCAGUGUGUGGCCAGCAGUAGAAACCGUAUUGGGGCAGCAGCAACUGGUGGGAAAGUUAGACCUGAUGGAAGGAUCUAUGACAGUGGCAACCACACGACGAACCUGGGAUCCUUAUGCUAUUGUAAAGGCCCGUGAUUUUAUUCGAUUACUCGCGAGAAAUGUUCCUCUCGCACAGGCACAGAAGAUAUUUCAAACGGAAAUUACCUGUGAUAUUAUUCCUAUUUCAAUGAAGGGUAGCAGUACGCGAAGAUUUAUUAAACGUCGUGACCGCCUUGUUGGACCAAAAGCACAGACACUGAAGGCGUUGGAGAUUCUCACCGGUUGCUACGUUCUUGUACAGGGAAAAACCGUGGCUGUCAUGGGCCCUGUAAAGGGAUGCCAACAGGUUCGCAAAAUCGUUGAGGACUGUAUGAAUAACAUUCACCCGAUUUACGGUUUGAAGCAGUUGCUCAUCAAACGUGAGCUCGCAAAACGUGAAGACAUGAAGCAUGAAGACUGGAGUCGAUUUAUACCCGUUUACAAGAAGACCGUUCAAAACAAAGAAAAGGUCAAGGCUGUCAAGAAGAUUAAGAAGGAACGACUACGUGCAUCUAUUAAGAAACAAACUGGUAAGGAGAGGUCCAUCUUUCCGCCUGCACCACCAAAACGUAAGGAGGAUAUUGCUAUGGAAAGUGGCAAAGCAUUUUUGGUGGAUCAUCGUAGGCGUAAAAGAGACGAUUACAAGGUUGAAUAA